CUUCAAAAGUGGAGUUGUUUUGCAAUCUAGAUUACUUAAGCAAUGCUCAAUAUGUGUUCGACAAAUUACCUCAAUGAGAAGGAGAGUCUAGGUAACAUUUCACACUGCUUCGUUUCUCUAAUAGGCAUACUUCAAUCAAUAGUUGUGAGGUUAUCCUAUUUCACCCAACAAAUGCCAUAAACAAGCCUGGAUAUAUCAAAGCUCGAAGAUUGUUAGCACCUCUUGCAGUGCCUAUUUGAUGGGUUCAAGAGCAUUAUGGCCCUGCCUACGAUAUCAAAUUUUACAGCAACAAUGGAGCCGCCGGCGAAGCUUCUUAAGCCAGAAAAAAGGGAAGGGUUUCAUCCAUUCAUUCCACCGCAUAUUCAAAGCUCUCAUUUUUCUCUGUGAUGGGAUUUUGGGAGUCUUUCCUCAAUUGGCUUCGCAGCCUGUUCUUUAAACAUGAGAUGGAACUAUCUCUUGUUGGACUUCAAAAUGCGGGGAAGACGUCUCUAGUUAACUCCAUUUCUAAUGGGGGCUACAGCGAGGACAUGAUUCCAACUGUUGGAUUUAAUAUGCGCAAAGUGACGAAGGGAAAUGUAACUAUCAAGCUUUGGGACCUUGGAGGGCAGCGCAGGUUUCGCACCAUGUGGGAGCGAUACUGUCGUGGCGUCUCUGCCAUUAUUUAUGUGGUCGAUGCUGCGGAUCGCGACAGUGUUCCUAUAUCUCGAACCGAACUUCAUGAUCUCUUAUCAAAACCUUCGCUGAGCAACAUCCCACUGCUUGUGCUUGGGAACAAAAUUGACAAAUCCGAAGCUCUUUCCAAGCCGUCUCUAACUGAUCAACUGGGUCUUGAUGCAAUAAAGGAUAGGGAGGUCUGUUGCUAUAUGAUCUCUUGUAGGGACUCUGUAAAUAUAGAUAUGGUUAUUGAUUGGCUUAUUAAGCAUGCCCAAACGACGAAAUGAGGCGAUCAAUAUUGUUUCUGAGGGCACACAGGUACAAAUCGACAUGGCUUCACUAUCUCUGGAUGACGAGGAACAUGAAGGUUUGGUGUUCGCUGAUGCAGAGGACAAUGCGUGCGGUGUAACAACCGACUACGACAACUGCCUAGUCGGGAGAUUCUUAACGGAGCGUCCCAUAAAUUUUACCGCAAUGAAGAACACUAUGGCAUCUCUUUGGCGGCCGGAUGAAGGUAUGGUUGUUAGAGAUCUGGGCGAUGGAAUUUACGUCUUCCAAUUCGGGGCAGAGGCAGAGCUAGAGCGGGUCUUGGAUAUGUGCCCUUGGACUUUCAACAAUCAAGCUCUCAUACUCGAUCGAUUAAAGAGUUAUAAUGACCCUAGGGAUGUCCCCCUGCAUUCAAUGUUUAUUUGGGUUCAGGUCCAUGGACUUAAGAGAGGCUUUUUCUCAGAACGGGUGGCUCAACGACUAGGCAACGAGAUUGGAGAAUUCAUGGAAUCAGACCCCAAGAACUACUCCAAUCCCUGGGCGACAUUUAAGGAUACGAGUGAAAUUGGAUGUCCGUAAACCUCUGCGAAAAGGCACGAAGAUGAAGCGAGAAGGGGAAGAUUGGUUCCAGGUUUCAUUUGCUUAUGAACGACUUUCAGCCUUUUGUUUUGUUUGUGGUUGUCUCGGCCAUGGGGAACGAUUUUGUCCCAUUGUUUCAAGGAAUUGGGGUAAAGAAGUAGCCCGACAGUAUGGUCCUGAGUUGCGUGCUCUGCCUAAACGAUCCACAACUGGCAUCGGUUCUAAAUGGUUGAGAGAUGAACUCCCUGCACUCAAAAAGGAAGCACCUGCAUCUGCCAAUGAGGCAAGACAUCAUAAUUCAACUACUCUCAUGCAACAGAUGCAACCUCAAGCUAAUGGAAUAGAGGGGCAAGCUACAGUGAUGGGUGAAUCAGUGCACCAGGAGUCUGUCGUGAUAUCGGAUCCCAAAAAGAGGAAGAUUGAUAUGAAGGGCAAUGGCGAUAAAGAACUUUUGCUCUCAUCUGUAUCAGAUCCAAAAAACGUGAAGGAGGCGGGACCUGUGUUGCAGGCCCGCCUAAUGCAAUGAGUUGUAUUAGUUGGAACUGUCGUGGGCUUGGCAACCCACGAGCAGUCCACACCCUACAAAAUAUUGUUAGGGAUGUUAAGCCAUGUUUU